CGCAUGUACGGUGGCCCUGAAAUCUUUCCCUGUCGGCGACUGUCUAAAUUGGCUCGCGCAGCGCUGAAACGUGAGGGAAGGCUGUCACUGAGACGAGCAAUUUAUUUUUCUCCAAAGCAGCCAGUUUUAACCUACUCGGUGGAAGCGAAGCGUUACUGCCACCAGCCUGUCGCUGUUCUUUAGGGUUGAGAGACAACGGGUGUCACGUUCGCUGGGCGUCGUCUAUUCUCUAGCAGCGGAGGCUCUCAGCAUCAAUUCUUCCCGUAGCUAGCGGUUUGUGGCUAACGCCUGAGAGGUGACGAACACUAUCUACCAGCAAGAUGUCCGGGUACCAGGGCAAGAAAAACAUCCCCCGCAUCACGAGUGAGCGUCUCCUGAUGAAAGGGGCGAGGGUGGUGAACGAUGACCAGUCUUUCCUGGCUGAUAUCUAUAUGGAGGAUGGGGUCAUCAAACAGAUCGGGGAGAACCUGAUCGUCCCUGGCGGAGUGAAGAUCAUCGAAGCCCACGGCCGCAUGCUCAUCCCAGGGGGCAUCGAUGUACACACACGCUUUCAGAUGCCCGACCGGGGCAUGACCGCCGCCGAUGACUUCUACCAGGGCACCCGCGCCGCGCUGGCAGGAGGCACCACCAUGAUCAUGGACCACGUGGUUCCAGAGCCCGGUACGAGCCUGGUGGCGGCGUUUAACCAGUGGCGGGAGUGGGCGGACAGCAAGUCCUGCUGCGACUACUCUCUGCACGUGGACAUCACCGAGUGGCACAAGGGCCUGCAGGAGGAGAUGGAGGCUCUGGCCAAGGACCACGGUGUGAAUUCCUUCCUCAUCUACCUGGCCUACAAGGACAUUUUCCAGCUCUCGGAUGCCCAGAUGUAUGAGGUGUUCAGUGUGAUCAGAGAUUUGGGGGCCAUCGCCCAGGUACAUGCUGAGAAUGGUGACAUCAUCGCUGAGGAGCAAAAGCGGAUUCUGGAGUUGGGCAUCACUGGACCAGAGGGACAUGUGCUAAGCCGACCAGAAGAGGUGGAGGCCGAGGCUGUUAACCGUGCCAUAACUGUGGCUAAUCAGACCAACUGUCCCCUGUACAUCACCAAGGUGAUGAGCAAGAGUGCUGCUGAUGUCAUCGCCCAGGCCAGGAAGAAAGGCACUGUUGUGUAUGGAGAGCCUAUCUCUGCCAGUCUGGGCACGGAUGGCACCCACUACUGGAGUAAGAACUGGGCUAAAGCUGCAGCCUUCGUCACCUCACCCCCCCUCAGCCCCGACCCCACCACCCCCGACUACCUGAGCUCUCUUCUCUCCUGUGGUGAUCUGCAGGUGACUGGCAGUGCCCACUGCACCUUCAACACUGCCCAGCGUGCCGUGGGCAAGGACAACUUCACCCUCAUCCCCGAGGGCACCAACGGCGCUGAGGAGAGGAUGUCCCUCAUCUGGGACAAGUGUGUGGUGACAGGGAAGAUGGAUGAGAACCAGUUUGUGGCGGUCACCAGCACCAACGCUGCCAAGAUCUUCAACCUGUACCCGCGUAAGGGUCGCAUCGCCGUGGGCUCUGAUGCUGACCUGGUGCUCUGGGACCCCGACAUCACCAAGAUCAUCUCCGCCAAGAACCACAACCUAGCGGUGGAGUACAACAUCUUUGAGGGCGUGGAGGUGCGAGGGGGCCCCCUGGUGGUCAUCAGUCAGGGCAAGCUGGUGCUGGAGGAAGGGAUGCUCCACACCACCGAGGGCUGCGGACGCUACGUCACCCGCAAACCCUUCCCUGACAACGUCUACAAGAGGAUAAAGGCUCGCAGCAGGCUGGCUGAGCUGAGGGGUGUUCCUCGCGGUCUCUAUGACGGACCGGUGUGUGAGGUGACCGUCACCCCAAAGGUCAUGACCCCAGUGACCUCCAAAAAGACGUCUCCGGUCAAACAGACCCCACAGCCAGUCCGCAACCUCCACCAGUCUGGCUUCAGCCUGUCCGGUGCCCAGGUGGAUGACAACAUUCCUCGCCGCACCACCCAGCGCAUAGUGGCGCCCCCUGGUGGGCGUGCCAACAUCACCAGCCUGGGCUGAGCAGUGGGGCGCCCUUCAUAACGGGUGGGGGGAUGGGGUGAGGACCCCCCAACUGCACCCCCCCAACACCCCCCCAUUCCACUCCACUCUGCACCAACACUGGGAUCCCUCCAAGCACAACCACACACACACACACACACAUACACACACACACACGUCUCCCCCUGAAUGCUCAUCUCUGCUCCUUCCUCCAACACACACACACAUACACACACGACUCCCUGAUAUCCGUAGCCCUUUUCUCUCUCUCCCUCUGUCUCCUCUCUCUCUCCCUCUCUCUCUCUCUGUCACCUCUCUCUCUCCCUCUCUCUCGGUUUCCCUCUCUAUCUCUAUGUCUUCUGAAAUAGUUGAGUAAAUCAUGAGCAGUUAUUUGCCAUUCAUCCCUCAGUUUUUCAGUGUGUGCGUGUGUGUUUGUGUGAUGUCCUGUGUACAUUACCUGGGAUGCACAGCUAACCCCUCAAAGCUCACACACCCAGACACACACCCAGACACACACCCAGACACACACACACACACACAUUCAUACAUGCACGCGUGCCCAUCCACACACAGAUACAGUAUUUAUUAUAUUUAACGUCUUGGACGCGCACAAAUUUGCACGGAGGAGAAUAGCACCUCCUUCAGCCAGCCUGGAGCCAUGUGCAGAGCUCACUACUGGGGUUGUCCUCUAGAGGGCGUCCUCUAGCCUGCAGCCAUGUGCAGAGCUCACUACUGGGGUUGUCCUCUGAGCAGAUCUGGGGUCAGCUGGUCUGCUAACAAUCUCUGGUCUUCCUCCAUCCUUCGCUCAUGUUGCGCAUCUCCGCUCCUCACCCUCCUGAGAGUGGGCCCCUAAUGCCCACUGAAAGAGCUUAUAGCCGAUGCCCACUGAAAGAGCUAAUGGCCCAUGCCCACUGAAAGAGCUCAUGGCCCAUGCCCACUGAAAGAGCUCAUGGGUAAUGCCCACUGAAAAGAGCUCAUGGCCCAUGCCCACUGAAAGAGCUCAUGGCCGAUGCCCACUGAAAGAGCUCAUGGCCGAUGCCCACUCGUGGCCGCGGCUAUAAACAGACCAGCCCUCGCUUCCCGCUCCACCUAUUCUCAUGCCACUGAGUCUGCUGGACAAGGAGGCAACACAAUACGAUAUUAUACACUCACCCAAUACACUAUUACAGUGCAGAGAAUCACUCACCCAAUACAUUAUUACAGUGCAGAGAAUCACUCACCCAAUACAGAAUCACUCACACAAUACACUAUUACAGUGCAGAGAAUCACUCACCCAAUACAGAAUCACUCACACAAUACACUAUUACAGUGCAGAGAAUCACUCACACAAUACAGUAUUACAGUGCAGAGAAUCACUCACA